AUGUAUUUCAAAGUUAAAAAAUCAGCAGCAGCGAUUCUAGUCAGUUUUAUAGCUAAAAUAAUAAUUUGUGAAGGACUUAAUGAAUUUAAAGUUAAUGAAGAUUUGAUGACAAUUUCAAAAGUUAUUGACGAUGUUGUUGAAGAAUUCCUUAAGAAGGAAAAGCUCAGAUUUGACGCAUUUAUGACUAUUUACAAACUUAUGCGAUAUCAAAAUCAGCCGAUCAAAAACAUUGUUUUUAUUCCAAAUUUGACUUUUAACAAUUUAAAAUCAACGAAAAUUUUAGAUUUCUACUUAAAAUUGCCAGUCAGCUUUGUGGGACUUUUUCACUAUUCAUACUUUAUUACAAAUGAAAUGGACACAGUGACAUUAUCAACAUUUGAUUGGUUUAGUCCUUAUGGAUGUAACAAGCCAUAUCUGCAUGAAUUGAAUACUUUUAACAAAAAGUCAAUGAAAUGGAUUAAAAAACUUAUGAAUUAUGAGAAAUUCUUGCAAUAUCAUGGAUGUGAAUUGUCGAUGUUACUUCCAUUUCCAGCAAAAGACAACACUAUUUAUCAUGUAUCAGGAUAUGCAUCAAGAGAAUCCUUUGAACCGUACGGAAUAUCACCAAAAAUAUUUGAAAUUGCAUCAAAACCUUACAAUUUCAAAGCUAAGUACAAAAGAAUCGAUAUGGAACCGGAAUGGAUAACAAGACAACAAACACAUUUCGAUAGUAUCAAGACGAAUCUGAAUUUCAAUCACGAGCCUUAUAUUUAUUUUCAAACAUUAAGUUUACAUCAUGGAAAUUUCAAUAUGAGAAUGUCAAAUGUCAUUGCAAACUUAAAUGUUCUUAUGUUUGUGACUCCGGCUGAAAAAUAUUCUCCAUAUGAAAAAUUUUUCUUGCCAUUUGAUUUAGAAACUUGGUUCUUGCUUGGAUCUACUUUUGCCUUGACAUUUUCCAUAAUUUUCAUUAUCAACUGCUUCUCUAAAUCCACAAGAAAUCUAGUGUAUGGUCAUAAAGUUGAGACACCAAUAUGGAAUGUGAUCAGCAUCUUUUUCGGAGUGUCUCAAACAAGACUGCCGACCGAGAACUUUUCAAGAUUCAUUCUCACAUCUUUUGUAUUUUUUUGCUUAAUUUUCCGAACCUGCUUUCAAAGUAAGUUCUUUGAAUUUAUGACAAGUGAGCCAAGACGAACGCCACCAAAAGAGGUUGAAGAUCUUAUUGAUAGAGAAUAUAAAGUCUAUUCAAUGAAUGUCAAUGAAAAAUACUCUGGAGGAUUCGAAAGGCAUGAGCGAUGGCCAAACAUUACAGUUACAUCAUCUGGUUACUUUAAAAAUGCAUUUGAAACGCAAGCAGAUAAUUCAACAGCCAGAAUAGCUCUAUGUGUCGAUGAAUUUUUUAUAAAUAAUAUAGCAUCACAAACAAGACAAAAUCACAGAUGGAAUCGACUUGAUGAGACUGUCUUAUACUCAACGUACGAUGCAUUCAUGUUUUGGAACUAUGCAUAUCAUUUUAGAAUGCUUCAUAAUGUUAUCAAUAAUUUGAUUCCAACUGGAAUUAUGAAGCUAUUGGUUGAACAAUAUUUCACCAAACGCUAUGAAUUUGACAAGCAAGAGAAUAAUCCAGAUGUUUUGACACUCGAUGAUCUUAUGUUUGGCUUUAAAAUCUGGUUUGUAUCCUGUUUAGCUUCAUUAAUAGCUUAUGUAGGUGAGAAGAUUUACAGUUGGUACAAGGCACCAAAAAAAGUCAGAUUUGAAAAAGUUCAACCAUUAGAAAGUCAUUUGAUAGAAGUUGAUGUUGUGUUGAGGAGAGAAUUGGUUGCUAAAUUUAGAGUAAGGAAGAUUGAAGCUAUUAAGGGGAAUCUCAAUGAAGCUGAAAUACUCGUGGAUGUUCAUCAGUCUAUGGAUGAUGAAAUUGAUGAUUUAAGUUUGCAUCACUGGAAUUUGUUUGAUUGA